AAAGCGGUGCACACUUGUGAAGCGGGAGGAAGGAAGAGGACGGGGUCCAUUGACAUGCUAAUGGCGCCUGCUUCCAUGUUUACACUAUACACCAACAGCAAUGAGAGCGAAGCCUUUUUCUGCUCGCUAUUCUCACCGGUCGGCGUUGCGUAACCGAAGGACUCGGCCGGCCGCUCUCUCCCCGAAAACCUCUUUGUCAUCUCUUCUCCUCCUCUGUGUUUCCUAGGCGACGGAGUGGGCACCAGACGAGGAGACCAGGCGGUCCUGUCAGAGCAAAGGCAAAACAGAGAUGGACUGUCAGAACUACAUCCGGGUCCUUCUGGUGAACAAGACGGAGGUGAUGACCUGUGGGACCAACGCCUUCCAGCCGACGUGCAUCACCAGAGAGGUGGGCAACAUGAGCAGCGUGUUGGAGCGGGUGAACGGCGUGGCGCGCUGCCCUUACGACCCCCGCCACAACUCCACGGCAGUAGUGACGGAGAGCGGCGAGCUGUACGCCGCCACCGUCAUCGACUUCUCGGGCCGCGACCCGGUGAUCUACCGCAGCCUGGGGGGCAUGCCGCCACUCCGCACGGCGCAGUACAACUCCAAGUGGCUCAACG